AGUGUCUCCUGUACCAGCAGAAGCUCCAGGACCCUGUCCUACACGCCUGCCUCUGCGGCAUCUUGGCCCACUGAACAGCCAUGAGACGGCAACUCCGCUCCAGAAGGGCGCCGGCCUUUCCUUAUGGUUACCGCUACAGACUUGUGAGUCUCAGGGAGCAGAAUGUUUUGCUGCCCUUUUUAAUUGGUUGGGUUGGGUGCCGUGUAGACCUUGAAUUAUGACUGCCUUCCCUUGGGAUAAACAGGAAUAAACGAAGUUUAGGAAAUUCCAGACUUCAGAAGAAGAACAGUGACUUCCAGCAACCCAGGGCACCCUAAAUUACUGAAUGGAAGGAGGACUCCUUUCUUUGCAGGGAAACAGAGAGAAAGGAGUGGGAAGAUACCAUGGAAUUAGGACCCCUUUGAGACUUUAUCGUAGGAGUCUAAAAUAUGAGCAGACCUUUGGAGUAUGGGAGUAGAAGUUUCACUGCAAGAAAUCUGGCCAGAAGAAAAGGGAAAGAGAAGAGGAAAUGAAAGGCACUGCUGCCCAGCUGUCUCAGUCCCUAUGGGUGGUGGCUUUUAGAAACCAGCUGCUCUUUUUCUAAGGCAUAAAUUUCAAACUAUAGCUAAAAUCACAGAGUCCUUGAUAGCAACUAGAAGGAAGCCUAGACAUCACCUCUCCAGAAGCCCUCAUCAUAUUGGAGGAGGUUGCUAGGUAGCAGGGUGCCAGACUUACUUGCAAGUUAGUGGGGACCCCAACAUGAGGAUGUGCAUCUUGGUUCUAACUUGUGCUCUUUCCACUGUGUUUGUGGUAUGAAACUUCUCGAAGCUCCGAUCUACGGUCCUACCUUUCACCACUUUGUCUGACACCUCACCACACACACACACACACACACACACACACACACACCCUUGUGCACACACACACAAACACACACACAUGCACACAUGCACCCUUGUGCACACACACACACACACAUGCAUAUACACCAAACACACCUUCCAUAUCACUGUUCAAUUCCAGGUGCCUUCACAAACACUUAUUUCAAAUGUGUCUUCACAUUUACUCUAAGCCAUAAUAAAUGUGGGCAUCUACAACACUCUCAGAAUGGUUAGAAUAUGACUCUCAAAGGAAGCAAAGCAUAAACCAGUUUUCUUUGCAUAUGACUACUUAUGUGCCUGGGGAAUUAAUGCAAACUGUCAAGGGUAAGCUGGAAAAGAAAAAAAAAAAAACCCAUGGUUCUUCUAUCCGCAUGUCAACCACUAAGAGUUUCUUAGCGCUCUGAUGUAGAAUCUUUCCAUUGACACCUGCAGGUUCUUCCCUCUCUUAAGACCAAGUCACCGUUUAUGGAGUAUACAUAGCCGUACCCUAUUUGGCUUCUUUUCUAUGUUGAAUUGCUAAAAUCGUUGUGUAUAAUUUCAGCAAUUUGUCCAGAAGUUUGGAUUUUAAGUGCCACAGGGGAUCUUGCUCUUUAUAAUAUCUGAUCAAGUUGUAAAUAAAUCAUUCGAUGCAAUUGCAUGUGUAAUGUUUUUCGUUUGAAAUGAACGUGUCAUUCAGAUGUUUGCACUAUGUCACUCAGUGAAUGAUACAAAUUUAUCCUUUGGGUCAGACUGUUUGUUUGCAUAUUUGUUUAUAUGUUUAUAUAUUUAGAUUGCUCAAAAUGGAGCUACCUUCUGUCCUUCAGGCUUCCCUUUUAGGGAAACAUGAGGGCCCCAGCACACACCCACUACCAUAUCUGAGCAUGCUCACACACACUAUCACAUGAGGGUGGUGCCACUUUAGGAAACUGACAGAAACAGAACCUUGGAGAUGAGCGCCCUCAUUGCCAAAGCGUUUCCUACUGGAGCGUGUUAAAUAAUUGCAUGGAGGUGCAUUUUACACAGGAUUUCAUUAACAAGGAACCUUUGAGAAAAGCCUGUGUUGCACAGUGUGACAUUUCCCUGUCCCUGGAUGCAGGGAAGAGGAAAGCAGCUAUUUGAGGUUUCUGAAAUAAGGCUCAGGUGGUAGGAAUCUGUGAUGGGAAAAUAAGCUCCAAGAAGAUUAAUUCUUCCUGGGAGGAUAAGACUUUAAUGGCAGCCAUUUUAAUAAGAUUAUUUUGAGAGCACAUAUCUACAAAUAAGAUAAGGCUGAAGCCGUGUCCAGCUGCUUCCUCUGUAGAGCAGGUGUGGAAGGCAGGCAGGGGCAGCAAAAGAAAGUCAUUCCAGAAAUCUAAAGGGAUUUGAAACCCUUCCUGAUGAAAUGUCACAUUUCAUAGUCGGUGAGAAUGUGGUGCAUGGGUUUUCAUGUUGACUAGCCAAUCUAGUAUACGUGACAAGGUUAAGGUGGCAAAAGCUUUGGGAAUACCCUCCAGAGUCCAGGCAGUAGCACUGAUAGUACCCACUGAAUACCUUGCCAUGGGCUUCCCACUAUGGAUAGACCACAAAACAUUAGGAACUAUGGACCUUCUACCUCUAUGUUCAAAACCUGGUUUGGGAGAAAAUGUAUACAUAAGUUCACACAUGAGAAAAGAUUUAAGAAUGUGUGUUAAUUCAUUUAGCAUUGAAUGAUAGGCAAGGUUGGUUUUCCUAAGUCUUAUACCGUGAAUCCAUAACCAAAGUCAGAAAUCCUUGAUUAUAAGCACCUACCAUUUGGGAACACAGACUCUAAGACAUCAUCAUGUUCACAAAUCUGCUAAGCCACUUCUAGCCACUUGUGUUCAGUGUGAUGGAGGAGAAACUGUGCAGAGUAUCAAGAGACACAAGUUCCGAGACUGUCAACUCUGUCAUGGAUUUGCUGUGUGGCUUUGGCCAGAUCCUCUCCCCUCUCUGGAGCUCAGUUGGACAAUCAUAUUUUGGAAGCCCCCGAUGAUCAGGAUGAAGUGAAUCACAACUACUUAGCGGACGAAGAGGAGGAAGCAGAAGAAGAGGCUCAGGUGAUGAUGGUGCCUGGUCUGGAGGAAGAGGAAGAAGAGGAGGAAGGAAAAGAGGAGGAGGAAGAAAGGGAGGAAGAAGAAGGUCAGGGUCAGUCAACAGGCAAUGCCUGGUGGCGGAAAUUGCAGAUCGUGAAUGAAUACCUGUGGGACCCGGAGAAAAGGAUGUCUCUGGCCCGAACAGGUCAGAGUCGGAGUCUUAUUUUAGUCAUUUACUUCUUCUUCUAUGCCUCCCUGGCUGCCGUGAUCACCCUAUUCAUAUAUAUGCUGUUCCUAGCCAUCAGUCCUUACAUGCCGACCUUCACGGAGCAGGUGAAACCUCCUGGAGUUAUGAUCAGACCCUUCGCUCAUAGCCUUAACUUCAACUUCAACGUUUCUGAACCUGAAACUUGGCAGCGUUAUGUCAUUAGCCUAAAUGGCUUUCUCCAGGGCUAUAAUGACAGUCUUCAAGAGGAAAUGAAUAUAGAUUGUCCUCCCGGUCAGUACUUCAUCCAAGAUGGAGAUGAAGAUGAGGACAAGAAGGCCUGCCAAUUUAAACGCUCCUUCCUGAAGAAUUGCUCUGGGCUGGAGGACCCCACUUUUGGAUAUUCUACUGGACAGCCUUGCAUCCUUCUCAAGAUGAACCGGAUUGUAGGCUUUCGUCCUGAAUUUGGAGAUCCUGUGAAGGUGUCCUGCAAAGUUCAGAAAGGUGAUGAAAACAACAUUCGAUCCAUCAAUUACUACCCGGAGUCAGCUUCUUUUGACCUCCGCUACUACCCUUACUAUGGCAAACUGACUCACGUUAACUACACCUCCCCGCUGGUGGCAAUGCAUUUUACAGACGUGGUGAAGAACCAAGAAGUGCCUGUACAGUGCCAGCUGAAGGGCAAAGGCAUCGUAAAUGACGUCAUCAAUGAUCGUUUCGUCGGGAGGAUAAUCUUUACCCUGAACAUAGAAACCUAGGAACUCCAGGGGGCCACUCCCACCAGCUCUGAUUCUGAUUCUGUUCUAUCCCUGGUAGCACCUCAAUCCUUUUUUCUUUUUCAGUUAUGACACAGCCAGAUGGACACCUAAAACAGCAGAUCAUCUUUCCUUGCCUUUGACGUGUGUAUGACGUGAUAUUGUGGGACCUGCUUGGGUUUUUUUAAGGUCAUCUUCUCUCCUGAUGACAAAUAUUAAUUUCCUUUCCUUCACUUCGAAUUAAGACCUAUUCUUGCUGCUAGAAGUCUCACUAUCUACAAAAACAGUAUUUGAUAGCAUUUACCAUUGUCAGGAGAAUGUUCUAUCAUGCUUUCUAAAAAUGUGUUGGUUUUAGAGGUGAUAUUAUUCCCAGACAGGCGGAUAAUCUAACCGACCUAUACCCACCUUUAAAACUGCCUGUCAAGGUCUUUCCUUAGAAACCAACAUCAGACCAACCCAGACUACUACUCUCUCUACAGAACUUUAUAUCUGAGGUAGGGGUUGAAAAUUUGGCUGUCUCCCAUAGGUGACAAUCUCCAACACUGAUUUAAAGACUACAUUAUUUUCAACCAGGACAGCAGGACAGCAAGCAGUGCUGACAGGUUACUGAUCUGGGCUAGAGAUGAAGACUUUCUGUGAGACUUUUGUGAGGAGAGUUAGAUCCUAGUGCAAGUGCGAAGAACUCUUAGCAUAGGGUGUGCUUGGUUGUUGAGUGCUCUGUAGUUUUACCAUCCAAGGCAAACAGGUUUUUCUGCACUCCGGGCAGAAGAGAAAACAUGAAAAAUCUUCUUUGGUCUAAUUUUCUUGGCCCAUGUGCUUGAUAGUUGUGUGGUUUUCUUUGAGAUCAGCAGCGAUGGGUGCCUUGAAACACCCCCCCACCAACCCAGCUACAACCUUGGGGAUUGAAAUUAGGGUUCUCCAGCUAAAACAUAGCAAGACAGAAAGCUUCUGUCAGGCCUCCCUAAAGCCAGUGCUCAUUAGCCAGUUUUGCAUCUACUUUUAAAAAACCACAGGAGGCAGAUGUGUAUCCAGGUUGUGGAUCAGCCAAGUUGCUUUGGUUUUAUCUUUGGCCAUGUGACCAUUCCAAUCGCUUCUUAACACCUCCACCAGGGGGAGGGCUGGGACAAAAAGAGGAGGCAAGCAUUACAGACUAGUAUAGUGUCUCAGGGUCCAAAGCAAGCUUAAAUUCCACUUACCAGGCUGCAGAGUCUGAAUCUACUCUACAAUGUUUAGCUUCUCCCAAAACAGGGAACUGGAGGACUGAUGGGGAAACUUGGCUACAAUACAGGAUGACAAGAGACCUAAAAAUAGUACAUGGAAAUGCUAUGGGGAACGUGAGGCACAAUGGCUCUCUCUCUCUCCAGCUGAGAAAGUAGCAGAGGAAAUUACCCAUUGGAAGCCAUAAGCAUGAAGACAUCGUGUGGUUUGGGAAUUCUGAACAGUUCACAUGAGAGCUCAGAGGAAGGAUGAGGAGAGUGGAUUGCACAAGUAUUUAGGGACAUGGAGAGGAAGGGAGUCUUUAAAGUGUUUUAAUCAGGGAAUUCCUGUGAGCAUAUUUGCAUUUGAUCAAGAGCACUGGGGCAGUCAUAACAUCAGGAGUGAAUCGGUAAACAGAAAGGACAAAACCAAGACAGGAAUGUGAGGAGAGGAGGAAGAGUGGAAAAAUGACCCCAGGAUUUUGAGCCGGGCUAAAAUCAGUGCGAUAGUGAUAUUGAUCAUAGAGAUGAGGUAUAAAAGAGAAAGGUUGGAAAGGGAGUUGUCAAGAACACUUUGGGGUAGUUUUAUCUUGUGGUUUCCUCUGGUCAGACACUGAUAUGGAGAUAUGAACACUUGUAAAGUAAAAGAGAAGGAAAGCAGAAGACAAAAGCAACUUCUGAUUAAGUGAGCUCAUUUAGGAAAUAUUUAAUCUUGGGAACUUGAGCCGGUUGAGUAAACACUAACCCAGCUCCUAACAUGGUGCUCUUCUCUGGGUCUUGUGGCAGAAUGGACAGCUAUUAGUUCCUCUUGGGAAUCUCCCUUAUAGAGCCCUUCUAAAUACUCUCCAUAGACUAGCGAGGGGCAGACAGCAUUUAACAAGCAGCAAAAGAUGAGCCCGACAGCAAGGCUACAUAAGACUCCAACACAGAACUCCCAACUCCUCUGGAGUUACCUUCUCACCAAAUUUCAGUUUCCUAGCCUUUGAAUGGAAAACGAAUAAAAGUGAGAACGCUGGAGAUCAUUUAAAAAUGGCCUUCAUCAAAACCUCAAGACUCAAUAGCAAAAGAGUAUACAGCAUUGAUCUGGAAAGGAUCUUUAAGGAAAACAACCUGCAUUGCAUCUGACUCCAGGUCCAGUGCUCUCUCUACUCAGAGCUGCUGCUUACGGGGAAGCAGCAUCUUUUGAAAAAUCAAUAGAGCGUAUCCCAAACAUUCUGAAACAUGUCAAACGUGAGUUAAAAAUAGUUAACAUUUCACAGGAAUCCAACUACUGGUGCUAUAUUUUAUACACAAUAUAUGGUCCUGUUGAAUAUGUUUAACUAUUAGAUAAGGAAUUAGGAAUGAUUUUGUCAUAUGUGUUUCUCAUUCAGUGGCAGAUAUAAUGUCAACAGUUUCAAAGAAGUAUUAAAAACUACUACGACAGUUUGGGCUGUCAGCUGGAACAUGAAAAAUAGCUUUCUUAUACAAAAAUGGAUAUUAUACAGAACUGGAUUAAUGAGUAUGUUCGUUCAUGUGCAAUUCUAACUGUUCAAUAAAUUUCUGGUUGAUUAAUUUAAAUGGGCUCCCAUACUGUGCCGUACCAGGAUUUGAUUUCUAUACCAUCUGUUGCAAUGCACUUGGCUUUACUUGAUUGUCAAUGAGAAAUACUACUUCCACACGGCUUCAUGGUUUUGUUCUUGCUAUAUACUUUGUGUAUAAGUUUUCACUUUUCACUCCUUUGAAAUUAUUUUAAAGAACUCUUUCUUAGGCAUCCAUUUACUUGGGGUCUUCAUGUAGAAAAUGUUUAUACUGUUUUGGGGAGUUGGUGACAACAAUAAAUGAAAUUAAAAGGCAAUGUAUGAUUUCCUCUUUCUGGAUCUUAUCACUGACCACACACACACACACACACACACACACACACACACACACACACACACAGAGGGAUAUUGGGCAGCAAGCCAUAUGGGGGGAAGCUUGACAACUGACAACCUAUUAGUUGAAGACUGGUUUUCCUCUCAAUGUUGUUUUUUAUUAACUGUUAGGGUUUCAUCUAAAAACAGUUCUCAACCUUCCUAACGCUAUGACCCUUUAAUACAGUUCCUCAUGUUGUGGUGACCCCCAACCAUAAGAUUAGUUCAUUGGUACUUCAUAACUGUAAUUUUUUGUCUGUUUUCCAAUGGUCUUAGGUGACCCCUAUGAAAGGGUUGUUCGACCCUAAAAGGGGUUGCAACCCACAGGUUGAGAACCACUGGUUGAUAGGGACAUGAAGCUAAAAGCUUAUUUAUCUGUGAGCAUUUUUCUUUCCUGUAUCUAGUUUUCAAUUUCUCAAAAAAAAAAAAACCAAA